CGUAGACAACGACAGCAGUCCAAACAGCUGGCACAGCAAUGGCGAAGGCCCUUGUAUCAUCGGCCCUCGUUCUGGCGCGAUGGACGCCCUUCUGUACAGCCUUUGUUGCACCUGCAAUCGUCUCCGGUACAAAUAGUGCGGUAGGGGUGGCACCGGCAUCCGUCGGGCAUUUCAACUGGGCGGCGGCGAUGGCCGGUGGCGACGCUCGACGACGGGAUCGUGCGGCAAGAUGUUGGCGGUCGUCGUCAUCGUCGUCGUCGUCGUGGAAGCCCUUGAGGAUGAUGGCGGGGGAGUGCGUCGGAGGGACGGACAUAUCGAGGGUAUUGUUCGUGUGCCUGUACAACAUUAUGACAAGUCCAUGCGCGGAGGGCUGUCUGAACAAGAAGAUCUUGGACGAGUUCGGGGUGUUUGAGGAGGGCGAGGAAACCUGGGAGGUGGACUCUUGCGGGACCGGAGGGGGCCCCGCAGAUUGGUAUAAAGAAGGUGGAGAAGUCCUCUUCCGCGGGCAGGAGCCGGACCCCCGCAUCGAGGUAACGGCGGCACAGAGGAGAAUUACCACGAGGGGGCUCGACAUGAAGGGAGGGGGAUCGCGGCCCUUGACGCCCGCCGACCUCGACAAGUUUGACGUCAUCCUCGGAAUUGAUGACGACAACGUGGAGGCGAUCAUGACCGCCGCUAAGCACUGGGGCAAGGGCGACAUCGCCGCGAAGAAGACGAGGUCGUUGCUCUCGUACGGCACAAAGUACCCCGAGGUUGAGACCAUCCCGAACCCCUACUACGUCGGCCGCGAGGGCUUCGAGGUGCUGGUGGACAUUAUUCAGCACGGCGUCGACAACCUGUUCGAGAAGUGCCUAAGGGGAGAAGCCUUGUCGUACGAUUAG